GCGCGAGAGCAUGAGUAGACGAGAGGCUCCCCGCGCACGCGCUAUUAUUGUUUUGACUGAAAAUGCCGUCGGUUUCGAAAACGGCGGCGAGCGCUUCUCCUCAAACCGAGAAACCAACCCACUAUACAUAUUUGAAGGAGUUCAGGACCGAGCAGUGCCCACUGUUUUUGCAGCACAAAUGCACACAGCAUAGACCCUUUACCUGUUUCCACUGGCAUUUUCUAAACCAGCGAAGACGGAGACCCAUACGGAGAAGAGACGGGACUUUUAAUUACAGCCCAGAUGUGUAUUGCACGAAGUAUGAUGAAACAACAGGAAUAUGCCCCGAUGGAGACGAUUGCCCAUACUUACACCGGACCACCGGUGACACAGAGCGCAAGUACCAUUUACGCUACUAUAAGACCGGCACCUGCAUCCAUGAGACAGAUGCCCGUGGACAUUGUGUGAAGAACGGCCUCCACUGCGCCUUCGCUCAUGGACCACAUGACCUGCGGCCACCCGUUUAUGAUAUCAGAGAGAUCCAGGCACAGGAAGCUCUGCAGAACGGCCAGUUGGGAUCCGGGGAGGGAAUUCCUGACCUGCAGCCGGGUGUGCUGGCCAGCCAGGCCAUGAUUGAGAAGACCUUAAAUGAGGACCCACGCUGGCAAGACACCAAUUUUGUUUUGGCCAAUUAUAAAACUGAGCAGUGCACCAAGCCUCCACGUCUAUGCAGGCAAGGCUAUGCCUGUCCACACUAUCACAACAGCAGAGAUAGAAGAAGAAACCCCAGAAAGUUCAAAUACAGGUCGACGCCCUGCCCGAGUGUAAAGCACGGCGAUGAAUGGGGCGAACCCUCCAAGUGUGAGAGUGGGGACAGCUGUCAGUACUGCCACUCUCGCACCGAACAGCAGUUCCACCCUGAGAUUUAUAAAUCUACGAAAUGCAACGACAUGAGGCAAACUGGAUACUGUCCAAGGGGACCAUUCUGUGCUUUCGCACAUGUGGAAAGAAUUCCUUCCACAGAGGAGACCAUGAGCACGUUUCUCACGGCAAUGCAGUCGGGUUCUCAGUCCAAGCUCGGCUCCCAGCAAUAUCCAGAGUGUCCAAUCAGCGAGUGGAGCGCCAACAUGAAUUCCCUCACCAGCAGCGCGAGUAACAACGGACAGACCGGAAACGUAUCAUGCUCUAAUAGUCCGACUGUAACACCAAGCUCAGGGAGCCACAGUUCUUUGUCCCCAAUUGGACCCAUCGGCAGGCCAAAAUGCUUUACUAAUGGUAGCUUAUGUUCAGAGUCCACCACAUCCAGUGUUUCCUCUCCGACGUCUAACUAUCCCAAAGCUCCGGGUUUUGAACGGGAGGAUCAGGCAAAGAACCAGAAGAGCCAGUCUGGGGAACAUAAUCAAAAGUUAAUGGACCAAGACAAACAGGCUCAUGGUGGCGUUUUCUCAGUGGUGAACCCUCUAGCGUCCAGCAUAACAUCAAGCAUCACAUCCAGCUUGGCCUCCAGUAUCGGAUCUGACAGUUCGUCACCCACCACAUUGUCAACCAUGAAUGCAAAAGCCACGCCUUUCUAUCCAGGCAGCAAUACUGUGGAGUCGGUAAUAGGAUCUGCACUUGACCUAAAUUUUAGUGACAUCAAUGUUGCCUCCCUCGACAAAGAGCUAGAGGACCAAGACAACAAUGGCCUUGGUUUAACAAGUCAGAGGUUAUUGGGAGGCUCUGCUCCUGUUAAUAUUCCUGGCUCUCUGGCUCGGUCUUCCUCUCUGCAUUCCUCGUCGUCUCUGUCUGCCUCCCCGCUCAGCUCGCUGUCUCAAUCCCUGUCCCAGUCUCUCCUCACUGGAAUGGCGUCCCAGCAGAGCCAGCAACAGGCACCACCUGUAAAACCUGAACACGGCCUUCUAGGAACACCAACGUCUACACAGAACUCCUUAGGUCUGAAUGGCGGAACAGGGAGUAUAUGGGACUUCAUGAGUGGCAGCUUCUCUCCCAGCCCAUCUCCAGUGUUCAGCAGCCUUACUUCCAGCACGGUCGGCUCCAGCAGCGCUGACAUCGGCCGGCUCCUUCGAGAACUGGAUGAAGCCAAGCGCAAGAUAAAGCAAUGGGAGGAUGCCUGGCACCAAGUCAAACAGGCCUGUGAAGCGUGGCAGAAAGACGCUCACAAAGCGAAAGAACAAGCUAAAUCGGCGGAGGCAGAGCGCCAGCUUGCGGAGCAGAAGCGAGAGGACACCGAGCUCAAACUGAAGGAACUGCAAGGAGACUUUGACGUUUUGUGUCGCUCCCCCAGCACGCCUCUUCUGCGCAGCUACGGCGAGCUGGACCAGCUCCCUCUGCCAAAGCUGCGCUCCAUCCAGAGCCAGCUGCGCUCUGACCUAGACCUCAUAGACGGGGUAAUAUAUCAGCUUCAGUCAAAGAAAUGUAUAGUUUGCCAAAAGCAUGAUCGUUCCAUUGUCCUGCAGCCUUGCCAACAUUAUGUACUUUGUCAGAAGUGUGCGUCUGGUAAAACGGAAUGUCCUUGCUGUAAGACGAAAAUAUUGAAGUGGUGAUGUACAGCUAUCCAAGGUACUAUUUAAUGAUUUAGCCCUUUGAAGAACUACUAAUACAUAAUAUUAUUAUGCUUACAGUUUCUAAAUAGCAUUCUUUUUUUGUGUUUCAGUAUUUCAUAUAGUUAUUCAAUUGAUUGUUUUAUUGGAAUCUAAGUGGUGUUUGACUGAUACAAAUCAAGUACUUGAAUGCAAUACCUGUUUUGUACAAGCUAGAUUAUCCAUUUUCGGAAAGCAUUAAACAAUUUCCCCUUAAUAACUGCUUUAGGUAUUUAUAGUCAGUUGGCCCUGAUUUGACUGUUAGCAACAAAAUCAUCGGUCCGACGCCAUUGUUGCUACUAGCUGUGUAAAGAGGAUUUCUUUGAGGUUUCUUGUUAAAAGCACUUUGUUGUUCUUGAGGGUAUUUUUUUUUUUAGGCAUUUUGCUUUAAGCUGCUUGUAGGUUUAAUUUUCUUAGAUUUAUAUAUUUUUUUUUCUCCCAAAUAUGCUAAAGUAUGAAGCUUUUGUGUGUACUGUGAAACAUUAAUAGAAUAUUUCAUUUUUUCUUACUGUUAAAUCAUGGUAUAGUGUAUAUAACUUGUUAGUUUUCAUAUAAAAUAGUACUAGUUAAUAUUACAUUUAUUGUUACUUAAAUUUUUCAAUCAAAUAAGUGCAAACUUUGAAUGCAUUUUAGGCAUAACCAGCAGCUGUAAUAUCAGUAAGGCACAUACUGUAUGCUAAGGCAUUUAGUAAAUCGUUUUCUCCGUCUUAUAGUGACUAUUUAGAUAUACACUAGUUGUUAGAUGAGCACACGUGUUCUGAAGUCCUCAGCGACACAGUAAUUCAUUUUUUUAUUUUUAUUUUUUUUGGACUUUAGCCCUUUCAGAUGUGUCAGAACGUAUAUCUGAUUCCUGGCCACUCCCUCUUAAGUGCCUUGCCUUAAAAACAUUCAAAGCAUCUGUGAAGAGUUUAGGAUUGUAGUACAAAUCUCAUCCGCUUGCAAGUACACGAGUAUGUAUUUUUCCAGUAGUACCAUCUUAUCAGAGGAUUCGCCGGCCUCAUAUUAACGUAUUCCCGAGAGACUUCACCCUGGUCGGUGCCUGAGCUCUUGAGGUUCAGCUAAAGAAUCGUUCCCUCUUCUUCAUUAACGAUGGUGCUUUUUGGGUGCAGCUUCAUUAUCGUUAGAAAUGUUGAAUCGUCCUUAAUUUAAAUGUGUAGGGAUAUUCAAAUCAGGAAAUGUGUGUUUCUUUGAUUGCAAAAACUAAACUGGCUUAGUACAUUUCUGUUUAUUGAAAUGUGUAGAACUGUAGUGCUCUGUAGUGUUUACAGACGGACAUCAUUGGUGUUUUUUCGUAUCCAAAUUCGACAGUGUAAUGUGCUUUAGGUAAUCUAAUUGAAAUGACCUGCUACUGUGUUAUCUGAAACUUUUUUUUUUUUUUCUUAUUUCUGGUUCCUUUCAUUUUUACAGCAACGAGUUUGUGCGGUAAAUUGUCAGGUACACAAAGGUGCAAGUUUCUUUUUGUCUUUUGAAAUCGGGAUAAACGGUUUACUUCAAAAGGGAUGGUUAUUGAGGAUCUGAUUGUCCAGACCCUCUUUGUUUUUUGUUUUUCUGCGUUCAGCUUCACGAGGCAAAGACGGUGUAUAUAUGAUUUAUCUGCUUUCUUUCUUGCAUUGCAUCUAAAUCCACAAGGUCUGUAUGUAGCUCAUUUGGACUGAUUUGUCACUGCAUGUGUCGGUGUGUAACUUUUGUUAACCAGCUGAAGCUCUAGAUCACACUGCCAAAUGUUAUUGAGCAGACCUAUCCCGUCGUUUGGUCAGGCAUCGCAGUCGAUCGCUCAAAGUAUUUAGAAAUAUUUUUGUGCAGUGCUUCAGAUGCAUUGACUAUGUGCGUAUCUUUUCUAGAUCGAUUAGCAAAAACACGUUCUCGUUCGUACAAUGGUUGACGUAGAUAGGUUGAAAUGGAUCAAAGCAGCUCUGGGUGUCCAUGAGCUUUGCAGACGUGUCACUUUGUUGAGGGAUUAGUUCCAUUAUUUGGGUAUUGGACCAUAAGAUAGGGGUUUUGUUGGACUAUAAAAUGUGGUUGAUUUCUCAAAGUAAGAGUGCGGUCAAAUCAAAUGUGGACUUUACUCAAACGAACCAAAGUGGUAUUGUAGUUUAUACUUGUUUCAAAGUUCAAUUGAAGUGGUGUACAAUUACUAUGUCAGUUUUUCAAUGUUUAAUUUGACAGGACAACUAUGCCAACAGUUUUUGCUGACAAUAUUAAUGGACUAAAUGCCCAUUUUUGUAGUUUCUACCAAAGACCUUUACUAUUCUUUUUUUCUCACUGCAAUUUUAUAACUACAUUUUCAUUUUAACAUUUUGAGGAAAUAGUUAGAAAAAUGACCGAACCUAGUACCUUAUUUACAUUUAUAUGUGCAUUCAAAAAAUCCUAAUGAAUCACAAUUGUUUAUUAACUAAAAAAAAAAAAUAAGUAAAUAAAAGGAAUGUUUUUUUUUUUCUUCAAUUUCUCAGUAGAAACGAUGACAUAGUAUUGAAUAUUGAAUUGGCUGUAAUUUACAGUGAAGGAAUGUCAUAGUAAUGAAUGAAUAUUUGUGUUGAUAUUCUUAAGUGGCCAUAUUAUGGAUUAGUGCUUAUUUGAAGUAUAUAUAUAUUUCUUUUUAUACAAAUAAUACUCGUAAAAUUCUGAAAUCAGUUUUGAAACAUUAGUUGUUGUGUGCACUACUUGUAUGCUGUCAGGAAUUUAAAAGAGUAUCUCGUAAGGUGCUUUCUUUGGUUUCCAUUUGACUGGUGUUUGUUUUUUCUGUCUGUUCUUCAGAAUUUGGAUAUGAAAUAAGACAAUUUUUUAACUUAUUUUUUUUUUUUAACCUUGAAGUCUAUUAUUGUAUUGUCAAAUGUUGUCUAAUUUGAUUGUGAUGUAAAAUGGGUCCCUUGCUCAAGCUAGUUGAAAUGGCUGAGACAGACAUUGGGUUACAUUUAUGAAAACUGUUAAAUAUCUACAUUUCCUAGCCUUAAACCUCACUUUUUGGCCUAGAUACGUUUGCCUGUUAUAGUAUUGAGCAAGUGAAAUAAUAUAAUUGUCCUGCAAUUCACAAACAGCCAUUCUGCUUCAUGAUAUUGUUAAAUCUUGGAAGGAUCAAGUCUCUUUGGAACAAAUUUGUGCCUUUAAUAAAACCACAUUGAAAGUAUUUUUCAUUGAACAAAUGGGUAAGCCCAGCUUACCGAAUGAGCUGAAUUUUAGUGCCUUGGGACAUUUCUCAAUGCACAGACUUUCUAAAGACCAGUGUAUUAAAAUAAUACACAAUUACUCUGCCAUGCCUUUAUAACGUUUCACUUAUUUGAAAGAGAAAUAUUUAAUGAUGUUGAAAGUCAGCAUGUACUGCAGUCAAAUGAACCGUUAAGGUGUUUUGCAAUUGUAUUCUCUACCAAGGGCGUGUUAAAAGUAGCAGCUCAUCUGAACAGUUUAUGAAGCAUGACAAUUAAUUUUGAGUCAUUGUGAGUUUGGGCUUCCAAAUAAUUUUUCUGUGUUACUGGUUUGCUCUACAGUGCUUUUUUGUACACAGUCCAUAAUAAUGACAUAUAUAUUUAUAUUUUAGGCAAAUGAAUCUAAACCACAGCAUGAAAAGUUUUGAUUUCACACACAUGAAACACCUCUGUCUGCAUCAGCCAUUUUAAUACCAACUGUAAUCUAAAAUGACCGUUUAACAUAAAUGUACGACCAGGCAUCUGUAAUUUAAGAAGCACCAAGGACUCUUGUUUAGCAAUGUGUAAAUUAAUGUAUUGGACAUUUACCAUAAUGCUCUGCAGUGGAAAUAAUAAUUUCUUUAUUUCUUUCUUUUUUGCAUACUUGUGGAUUUCUUUUGUCCAUUUGUUUGUUUUUCUAAUUGUGUUCUCUAUCAGUAGUGUGAUUUAUUGAACCUAAGGUUUUAUGCAAUCUUGUAUAUACAUAUUACAUAUGAAACUGGUUAAAUUUAGCAAACUAGCCAGCCAGGGGGAAAAACCUAUUACAAUAGUAAACUUUUAUAAGAGGCUAAAAUAACAAUAAUACAAAAAGUGACGCUUUUUUUUUGUUUUUGUUUUUUUGAAACCACUGUUCCCUAUAAUUAAUGUUAUGAAUAAUCGAACAUUAAAUCCCUGAAUAUUGAAUGUACCAUUCAAAUUAGAUAUAAAAUGGGUCACUGGAAUAACUUGGAGAACAGUUCAUCUAUAAUGAUGUAGCACUAGUUUUGUGAAUUGCGAUACAUUGCAAAUAAAUUUAUAAGUUAAACAAUUGCAGUUUUCAAGUUUGUGUAUUUAUCCGUGUAACAAUUUGAUGGAAUUAUGAGAUGUAUUUUUCUCAGGGUUUUACAGGAGAACUGUAGAAUAGAGAGAGAUGUCCAAUUUUCAAAGGAAACUGCAACUCACAGAUUUAUUAGCUCAAAAGUCAAAAUGAGGACAACAUUUAUAUUGCGAGGAAGAAACAUAUCCCUUAUUUUGGUACAUUAUGCAUCAAUAUAUAGAACAGCUUAUAUUCUAAUUAGUGUUGAAAUACUAUACAAUUUUCUGUCAAUAUAAUAUGUUUGUGUAUUUGUUGUCAACACAAGACCUUAAAACAUUUCCUGGGAGUUAUGUGUUUAAGUUAUGGAGGCUUCUCUAUGGAAUAGUUGUAUGUUUUGAUGCCGUAUAAGGCCAGAGAGGUUUCUCUUCACUAGAAUUACUUAAGAUGGUAUUAUUUAUAAUGCAUAAUUUUUCUCUUGUAGUGUAUCAUUUUAAAAUUGUUAACACUUGUCUACACUACAGCAGUUAUGCAAUGGUUUACAGAAUUCAUGGAAUUAUUUUUGUCAUCAUGGGAAUUAAAUAAUUUUUGAUCUUUAACCUGG